CUAAACGGUGAUACGCGUCGAAUUGCAAGCCCAUAAAGGAAAACGUUUCGAUGGCCAUCAUUCCACGUCGACGCCUAUGAUGCUCAGGGACGACCGCUCUUGUUGCGUCUACAUAUACCCCGCCCUCGCCAACGUCUCGGUCAACUCCAUCGGCCCCGACCAUGUCGUCAACCCAGCCCUCGUCCUUUUCCGCCGUACAAGGUCCCUGCCUACCCUGCGCGAUCGCCAGCCAGCCUGUUACCCAAUCUUUACGACAUGUCCUUCCGUACCGCAGCAUCCGUCCUCCACCCUCUUCGUCGCGACGCGACGUACAUUUAUAGCUCCCACUUGACGCGACCGCACUACCUCCCCGCUCGCUCUCUCUCUUAUCUUCUCCUGCCCUAACAGAGGCGCCACUGACACCUGUCUUGCCCCUGACAGUACUUACCACCCUACGCUGCGGUCCUCCCAACCCUGCCGCCCCCUGUAUUACUCUCUUCUCUCAUUGCUGAUCACUAAGAGGAGCGAGGCAUUCCUCGUCCACUCAUUACUGCUUGUUACCGC